AUGGUGGUUUUCAUGGGCAGGAACCUCUCCUUGCUUCUGGCUUUCUUCAAGAAGAAGGGCGCUGCCAAGGGCGAGGCUGACCGCGACAAUGUCUUCUUCCCCAGCACGCGGCCCCCGCACCUGGAGGAGCUGCACAACCAGGCCCAGCAGGGACUGAAGUCCCUGCAGCACCAGGAGAAGCAGAAGCAGACCAAAAGUGCCUGGGACCACGGGGACACCAGCAGCCUCCAGGGGACACAGGGUGGCCCCUCUGAUGACAGCGUGUCCGUCCGGAGCCGGGCGGCCUCCUGUGCCACGGACAGCACCUCUGAGGACGCCCUCUCCAUCCGCUCCGAGAUGAUCCAGCGGAAAGGUUCCACCUUCCGACCGCACGACUCCUUUCCCAAAUCCUCGGAGAGGGCUGGCAAAAAGAGGAAGGAGAGGAGGACAACGGUGCUGGGCAUCCCUCAGCAUGUCCAGAAGGAGCUGGGUCUCAGGAACAGCCGGGAAGCCAAGGGACGCCCCGAGGCUGAUGGGCGAGGGCAGGCGGGGCGCGGGGGCAGCCAGGUGCCGCAGCCCUUGCUGAACGGUGGGCAGGUCUCUGUUGACGCCAUCCGCAUCCCGACCGUCGACGGGAAGCUGCAGCCGCUGGCUGUCUCUGGAGGCGCCCGCAUCUGCCUGGGAGCCUUGGAGGAGGCGGACGCGGCCCUGCAGAAGCACAUCGACCGGGUUUACUACGACGACACGUUGCUGGGGAGGAAGACGGUGGCCAAGCUUUCACCCAUGGCGAGGCCAAAGUCGCUGGCUGUGCCGGGCAUGACCACCAACGCCAGCCCGCCAGAGCUGCUGAGCCCUGUCAUGUCCAUCUCGCCCCAGGGCACCUACAUGUCCAAGAUCAUCCCCAAUGCCAUCCUGCCGCCCAUGGUGGACGUGGUGGCCCUGACGCGGAGCAGCGUGCGGACGCUGAGCCGCUGCAGCCUGGUGUCAUCCAGCCCGGCCUCGGUGCGCUCCCUCGCCCGCUUCUCAGAGUACAGCGCCCGCAGCCGCGAGCCCUCCUCCGGGGGCCGGGCCCCCCCCGCCUACAGCACGAGCAGCCAGGCGGAGGGCUCGGACACGGCCAGCCUGGCCAGCGAGCGCUCCUCCACCCGCAGCGUCUCCCUCAGGAAGAUGAAGAAACCCCCGGCCCCCCCUCGCAGGACCUACUCACUGUACCAGAAGGUCGAGGGGGAGCCCAAGGUGCUGGGAUUGCCCCCCAAGCCCGACCGGCGGUCCCAGCGGGAGAGCAGCGCGCCCUGGUCCCCGCGCCCCGAGCCCUUCAGCCCCACGGCUGAGGAUGAGGUCUUCUCCCCAUCAUCGCUGAGCGAGACCAGCAGCCUCCGCUCCGAGAGCCUGGCUGGCACCAGUUCCCCCGAGGCCUCGCGGGGCAGCCCCGGGGUGACGGUGGUGCUGAAGGAGCCACAGGCUCAGCCCAAGUGGAGCUGCCCAGAUGGGUCUGACCGCACCAUGUCCCCCUCCAGCGGCUACUCCAGCCAGAGCGGGACCCCCACGCUGCCCACCAAGGGGCUGGGACCCCCAUCCGUAUCCCCGGGCAGGGCUCAGCCCCAGAAGCCGGACCGGGUCUGCUCCCUGCAGUCGCCUGCACUCUCCAUGUCCUCCUCCCUCACCUCCAUCUCCUCCUCGGCCUCGGACCAGGCCCCCCCCGAGACACUGCCCUGCCGCUUGGACCGCUUCAUCAUCCCGCCUCACCCCAAGGUGCCUCAGCAAGGCCCGCCGGCCGGCGCACCACAGCCACCUUCCCCCGCCGAGCCCCCUCCUGAGGCUGCUGUGACCCCGCCACCACCGCCACCUCUUCCCCCGCCCUCGGCUCCGGCUCUGCCGCCCCAAACCAGCCUUAAGAAGGCGGCCAACGGCCCCCGGGCAGACGCCAAGAAGGAGCCAGCGUCGCGGAGCAAGAGCAGCCCCGUGCCCAAGGAGGACGCCAGCCUGCCCAUCGUCACGCCCUCGCUGCUGCAGAUGGUGCGGCUGCGCUCUGUGAACGUGGAGCCGCCCGCAGGAGCCAGUGCCGGUGCUGGUGCCGAGGAGCGGCCGGCACCCCAGGGGCCCCCCCGCCGGUCCCUGUCCACGCGGCAGCCCCCUCCUGCCAAAGACGCGGUGCCUUCGAACCAGCUCCACCACGCUGUGCACCUCAAGGCUGCCGCCUUGUCCUCCGGUGAGGCUGCGGAGAAGCCGGCGGGCAGCAGAGCGGCUCUGCCCGGCCCUGAGGGGCCCCCCGGGGACGGUCAGCUCUCCCCCAGGAACAAGUCGCCGGCCUCCACUGCCAGCUUCAUUUUCGCCAAGAGCUCCAGGAAGCCGGUGAUCGAGACGGCCUCGUCCCCCGAGGCGCAGGCUGACCUGAAGAGGAACUUGGUGGCCGAGCUGAUGAAUUUCUCGGGGCAGCGCUCGGCAGCCCCGGCUGCCGCCCAGGAGGGCCCCGGCAAGGCGCAAGUCCACCGAAAACCUGGCAAGAUCCCCCCUCCGGUAGCCAGGAAGCCUUCACUUGGCCCGGGGCCGGCUCCUUCCCCCCUGAGCCCAAAGGCGCCGGGGGCAGAGGCGCUGGCCUCCCCUGUGCCGGAUGGGAAGGCCAAGGCAGUGCCGGCAGACGAGAGCAGGACUAAGAGUGAGCCGGCAGGGACGGCGGCCUCGGGGACGGAGGGCAGGAGCACCGCGGAGCCGCCGGCUCAGAGCCUCCCUGCACAAGACGGACGGGGAGAGACGGCCUGA